AUGCAGCAGACGACUCCGCUUAUGCUAGAUCGACGCGGCGCUGGCUUCAUCACGACCUGCAAGAAAUGUGCGUCAAAUGCAGCCGAGUCGACCGGACAAGGAACAUGGGAGUUACCCUUAGGGUGGAGGCAAUUAGUGCGCCGGAUGAGCGCUCUUGACCGACAACCCGAUGAACACCGUUGCGAUUGGUCCGACAUCCGUGACAUCCCUCACGCCGACGCUGUACAACUACACACUGGCCGUAUGUCUUCCAAAAGGUGGAUCCGCGACGAAUGCGAGCGGCGCUGUGACGUGGAUGUGCAUACACGUCGCCGAUGGGGAUGCAUGCAUUGCCCGGUGCAUAUCGCCAUCCCAGAAGAGACCCCAGAGGAGCUCCCCGGAUCGUGGUUCCCGAAACUCAUGGGUCGUGCCGAUCUUUUUAAACAUAUUACGACUGAGCAUCGAAAGCAGCCGGAAUAUCUCACGGAAGGUGUUGAUUACUUCUUUGAACGAGGGCUUGCAGGCAGUCGGGAUGAUUCAGACGAGUUUCAAUGA